AUGAGUAUCCAUGAUAUGCAGGCCCUGGCUCGUAACCAAGUUAUGGCACUUCUAAGUGGUUUUGCAGGAGUUUACACAGAGGUGAAUGCUGACCGGAUUAUUCUUGACAAGACUCUUACUGAUCAAGUGUCUAUAUGGAAAAGCAACAGAGGCCUGACUGAUAAGGUGGUCUUGGACCAUGAUUGCUCUGGAGAAACAUGUACUUACUAUCAAAUUGGAGAUGUGUUUGUUUGUGAGAAGACUGGGCAGGUUCAUGUUUGUGAUGAUACAUGUAAAGAAGCUGUUUUGGACCCUACAAAUGAGCUUUUGGUUUGUACAAUAUCUGGACAUUGUUUUGAUAGAUUGCUGUCACCAGCUGAAAUGGAACCAGACACUGUGGAUUCUGUAGUUUACCUUGUUGACGCGUACGACAAAGAGAGAUUUGCAGAGGCCAAAAAGGAGCUGCAUGCCCUAUAUAAAAAACAACAACAAUACUGAACAAUACUCAACCUUGUUAACAG